AUGAAUGGUUACUAUAAUCCUUGUUUAACAUUGACAAACUUAACUCUUGCAUUAUUAUAUGUUUCUUUAGUAGUUAACGUAUCGUAUGCAUCUUUAUCAUACAAUACAAAUGAAAAUAUAAAUAUAAAUAAGAUUCAAAGUAAAAAUGAUAGAUUUGACAGAUCAGAGAAUGUAGUUUUUAGAUCUCACAAUAGAAGAUUUAACAGAAUGAAGCUGCAGUCAAAUGAGGAUAGUUAUAUUAAGAAUGAUGGUUCACCAUCGACUACACACCCCAUUAGAAUCGUAUUUAAUACAACCUAUUUAGAUCCAGCAAAUAAACAUAAACUCUCUUGUUUCUCUGCCAAUCAAACUAUUAUAACACCUGCCGGAAUAAAUACUGCCAUUACCGAUUGUAGUAACAGCACCAUCGAUUGUAUCUACACUUGUAAAGAAUCUGAUGUCGUUACCGUCCAACUAUACAAUUUCAUCAUAACAGAGAUGUUGGACCAUGUCUCAAAGAAAUUUGCCAAAUUCCUCACGUUUCACGGUCCCAAUACUUAUUACUACGAUAAAGAACCGUUUGUUUGUGAAAACGAAGAGUUUCUUGUGGACUUGCGAUCUGGAUUCACUGGUGAUAUCAUGAUCUAUGUAACUUCACAUCCGGUUGACAACUAUUCAUUUAUUGGUUACUCGGUGUCUUGUGUCAGGCAUGAAGAUGGCAAACCAUUUAUCAGUAUGAUCAACAUUAAUCCAUCGGAAUUAAAUCCAUUCUUGAAUCCUGUUUACAAGACAAACAAUAUAUCCAUGUGGAAUUCGCUAGUGCUUGGAUUGGCAGAGCAUGAAGUCAUACAUUCAUUGGGUUUCCAAUCGUAUUGGUAUCUCAAUUACACUGAUAGAACCACUGGUAAACCAUAUUCCUAUCCGAUCUACGAGGAAGUAAAUGCCACCGGAGUCACACCAAGUGGUCAACCUUUCACAUUCAAAAGAUACUAUAUUAAUUUGCCGUCAGUUAACCAGGUUGCACGUAAUCAUUUCAACUGUAAUACAAUCAAUCAUGUUGAACUUGAAAACAGCGGAGAUGAAGGUACAAUUGGUUCACACUGGAAAACGUCACUUUUCAGCAGUGAAACAAUGAAUGGAUUCUAUAAUCCUCAUUUAACAUUGACAAACUUAACUCUUGCAUUAUUAUAUGGUAAAAAUAAUUCAGGAUGGUAUGGAUUGAUAAAUCUCGAUAAGAUCGGUAAUAAUAAUUGGGGUAAAGGAAAAGGUUGUGAUUUUAUUAACAAACCAUGUUCAGCAAGCAAUUGGAACUUCACUGGAUAUUGGCAGAAUCCAAAUUCAACAGGUUGCUCGGCAACUCGUAUUGGAAUUGGAAAAGCAGAGUUGUUAAUAAAAAGUGAGCCACUUCCACCUCAAUGGCAACACUGGGUCGAUCCAACAUACGGUGGAAGAUUUGGAGGUAUCGACUAUUGUCUUUACAAUCACCCAACUGAUUUAUGUCAAGAUCCAGCCAAGUAUGAGACAUACGAAGGUGAAGUUAGAGGACCUGAUUCCUAUUGUUUCAAUCAUGUCAGUAAAAGUAAUGAUUCUGUUUCAUUCGGAUGUCGUCGACAACGAUGUAACAACAACAAUCAAUUGGAAGUUGAAUUCCUUGGAAGUUGGUAUCAAUGUCUGCCAGGAAUGAAUCUAACACUCUCAAAUUCAACGAUCAUCAUAUGUCCAGAUAAAGAUGAUCAAACAUGUCGACUUUCAAAUUUCGAUUUCAACCCAUCUUCUUCUCCUUAUAUUAAACCUGACGAUGUUACUGGUUCAACUUCAACUUUAAGAUGGCACAACAACAACUAUUUAUCAUUACUAACAAUCAUUGUAUCACUUAUAAUAUUACAAUAA